AUGUAUCCUGAGGCAUGCUUUUCUGAUGUGGUUGAUCAUGAGAGUCACUUGUUCUUUGAAUGUAAAUUCUCUUCGCAAGUUUGGCAUAUGGUGAGACAGAAGGUGGGUAUGGAUACGGUUCAAGCAAAGUGGGUGGAUAUUGUUAGUUGGUUACUUGCUCGGUCCAAGUCAAAAUUAGCUGCUGAUUAUGUUGCCAGAUUGUUAGUGGCGGCUAAUGCUUAUGUCAUUUGGCAGGAGCGCAAUACUAGGCUUUUCAUGAAUCAAAUGAGACUCCCAGAGACUGUUAGUACUCAAAUCAUACAAUUGGUUCGGUAUAAGUUGAUGGGCGCGAGGCUGAAGAAUACUGGAAAUGUGCGUAGGCUUCUAAGAGACUGGGAGAUCCAUGGCAAAGAAACUAUUGAUGAUGGUGGCUGA